AUGCUCCUUAAAGCAUUGGUCGUGUCAUUAGUUGUUGCUCUAGCCACAGCACAGGACAACACAACUGCCUUCCCACCGUUCUCUGGAGAUGCCUUCGCGAGGUACAACAUUACAGCUCCUGGAAUCACAGCCACUUUCAUCCCCUAUGGCGCAAGAUUGACGAAUCUAUGGGUAGAGGACAAGCAUGGUACUUCUCAAGACGUUGUCAUGGGCUACGACACCGGCAUCCAAUAUGUCCGAGAUACAUCCACCAUACAUUCCUACAUGGGAGGCGUUGUGGGAAGGUAUGCAAACAGGAUCAAGAAUGGAACAUUUCAGCUUGACGGUCAGACCUACCAUAUCCCAGAGAAUAGUGGCAACACGAGCACAUUGCACGGCGGCACGAUUGGCUACGACCAACGGAAUUGGACAGUCGUCUCGCACACGAUGGACUCUAUCACUUUCAUGUUCUAUGACCAGGCUCUGCAAGGGUUCCCCGGCGAUCUUGUCAACAUCGCCACCUACACCGUCUCAAAAGGUCCUCGAUGGACGUCACGUCUAGUCUCAAUCCCACUCAACAAGAAGACUCCAGUGAUGCUAUCAAACCACAUCUACUGGAACCUGGGAGCAUUUGUCAACUCCGCCGCCCAGCAUGUGUACGAUAACACUCUACAUAUGCCCUACUCAUCUCGCUACGUCCAAGUCGAGACUUCCCAAGUCCCGAACGGAACCAUCGGCACGGUCGCAGGAACAUUCCUAGACUUCACCAGUCCAAGACUGAUCGGCUCCCAAAUCAACAACGGCCCCAAGAAUAGCUGUGGCGUGAACUGCACUGGCUACAACAACGCCUUCAUCAUCGAUCGACCACGCUACUCUGCACCCGAAUCCACAGAUCUGGUCGUCUUGACAAUGUCCUCACCACAAACAGGCAUUCAGCUGGACGUCCGCACAAAUCAGCAGAAUCUCGAGAUCUUCAGCUGUAACUGGUUCAACGGGUCGAUCAAGGCGAAGGCGGAUCAGCAGAGGAGUGGGAAUGGGACGUAUGACUUGCAUGGAUGUCUUGUGAUUGAGCCGCAGGGAUGGGUGGAUGCUAUCAAUUGGCCGCAGUGGGGACAGCAGGAGUAUCAGAUCUACGGGCCUGAUACAGAGCCUGCUGUGAAUUUUGCGACGUACGAUUUCAGUAUCGUGAAGGAAACUAACUCCAAAGAAGAGUUAUAG